UUUUUUUUUAAAAAAAGGCAAUUAAGUGCACAUUGGCACUAGCAAUAGAAUAAUUAAAAUAAAGACGACAAAAUAUCACCACCAACUUGCCAUUCACCCCCCUCACCCUCCCCCUCCGUCUCCGACUACAUAUAUAUACCGCCCCCUUAUCAAAUCCCCAAUCUUCUUCUAAAUUGGAUUCUAAGAUUUCUUUCAUCCCUUCUCCUCUCCUCUAGCAAAACAACCGCAAUUCUCUCUCGCUUGCAGAAACUAACACAACAAAUUAAUCAUACACCUUCUACCUCAAUUCGAUUGUCACAAAAGAGAAACAGAAAUGAACGAGGUUACCUCAUUGUACGAGUUUAGUGCUCUGUCUCAUCAUCGUCAGCAUAGAAGUCCAAGCUUUAGUUCUCUCAUUUCUUGCCUAACCGAGACAUGGGGUGACUUGCCAUUAAAAGUGGAUGAUUCUGAAGAUAUGGUCAUUUACAAUUCCCUCAGAGAUGCUGUUCGUUUUGGAUGGUCACCGUUAGACUUAACUUCACCCACUGCUACCACUGCAACAACAACAAUAACCAGAACAACAGGUGUCGUUAAGGCCGAGCCGGGAUGUGAGCUGGAGCCGGAAGCCGAGCCCAGGAAACUGGUUCAAGAAGCUGGAUUGAAUGAAGCUGCUGUUUCUAAGAAGGUGGUGGCUAAGGGGAGACAUUAUAGAGGAGUGAGGCAAAGACCCUGGGGGAAGUUUGCGGCUGAGAUUAGGGACCCGGCUAAGAAUGGUGCCAGAGUGUGGCUUGGGACUUACGAGACCGCGGAGGAAGCGGGUUUGGCUUAUGAUAGGGCGGCUUAUAGAAUGCGUGGCUCGAAAGCUUUGCUUAAUUUUCCACAUAAGAUUGGGUCCAAUGAGCCGGACCCAGUUAGGGUCACGACUAAGCGUCGAGAGCCGGAGACGGGUUUGCCGGCUGUGGAUAGUGGCUCGGCUAAGACGAGGAGAAUCUUGGUGGCUAACGGAGAUGAGCUGGAAAGGGAGAGGGGAUCUAAUGUGUUUCAGGUUGCACACCAUAUAAUGCCACUUGGUGAGCAGUUAUUGGUCAGUUAGUUUGGGUUUGCUGUGUUGGUGGAGGUCUGUAGUCACAGAGAAUGGGACUCUUUGUUGUGAAUAGUACGAUUUUUUUUUUUUUAAUCUCAAAUGGAGUUUCAGUACUUUUGACGUGGA